AUGUACAGUCGGAACAGCCACUCAGCGGUUUUACUUUGGAGAGGCAGCCAUCUUGAAACUACAGUGCGUUUGCGACAAAGCUUUCUCAGUCUAAUCUGUCAAAUCAUGAGUUUUUCAGAGUACAAAGAAACAAUUUCAGAGGGCGAUACUGUAAUUCUUUUCUUAGUAAGUACAGUAUAACCUUCUUAACCUUAUUACGUGCAUACUGAUAUCGCUCAAAUUCCCGCAACUGGCGCGCAGACAUCUUCUCGCAAGGCAAUCCUCAUUUCAUCCCCGUCACCGAUGCGGUCUAUUUUGUCGAGAACCCCGAUAAUUAUCGGACCCGGAGGGCUAUUGAGUUUGUAUUCAAGAUCGAGUUUUCACUAGGUUUGCUGAUAAUGUGUGAUGAAAUUAUCGCUGAACAAAACGAAAUGGACCGACUUUUUAGCUACGACCGCGCUUUUAUUUUCUCCUGUGAAGAUGCCCUAAAGACAAAUCAACAAUUUCCUUAUUGCGAUUUGUCAAAGUUCAAUCAAUUAAUGCAUUUACUUACCAUCUUAAUUAUGGGAUGAUAAUUAAUGCAUUGACUUUCUUAUGCAUUCAUAAUUAUUGAUAAUUAUUGUUGUUAGGGGCACAACUCUAUGCAGACUGUAACUGUGACACCAGGCAAAGUUCAUCAAACAAAAUAUGGUGCGCUACCUCAUUCAGACAUGAUAGGAAGACAGUUUGGAACAAAGGUAUGCUAUACUUUAUCACUGACAAAUGUUGCUUCAUUUUUGGCACUUGAGCAGCAAGCAAAUGUGUCACUGAUGUUCUUAGCACAUAUUUGGGCAAUGGCCAAUCACAACAUGCAUAUCAGUCACUGCAUUGUAUAAAUGGUUAUAAAAGUGUAUUCUUUUUCUUCCAAAAUUCACAUUUUCUUAACAACAAAUACUGUACGGCCAUUUUAUCAUACAUCAAUUUCUAUUUGUCCUCAGAUGUUUUCGUUGAACAAAAAAGGUUGGGUUUAUCUUCUUCAUCCCACUCCUGAGCUAUGGACAGUUAAUCUCCUGCACAGAACCCAGAUACUUUAUACCACAGAUAUAAGUAUGGUUAUCUUAAGAUUGGCUCUCAAACCAGGCUCUGUUGUUGUUGAAUCAGGUAACAAUGUAGUUUGCACUGGAAAAGCUUCUUUACUUUUAGCACAUAGCGACAAACUUAGAGUUUUUAUUUCUUUUCCUUUUUUUUUAUCAAGAUCUUACCUCGUUUACCUUUUAUCUGGCGCCUUGGGAAGGGGAUCUCUUGUCUUGAAACAAUGGAUACAUUUAUGUAUAACUUGUUGCUUGACCCUUCCAAAUAGUUGCUCUUGUAUAGCAUGGCUUUUGGGUAACAAAAACAUUUAAAAUUCCUUGGAGGCCAAUUUUGAUGAAUGAAGUAGUGGCAAAGUUUAUAACUACCUGUAUACCAGCUUGGUGCGUACAAUAUCUAAUAAGAUGGAAAGGAGCCUGGUUUUAUCCAUUUGCAGGUACUGGAAGUGGAUCAAUGUCACAUUCACUCAUCCGAACCAUUGCACCAUCGGGUCAUCUUCACACUUUUGAGUUUCAUUCAGAACGAGCAGAUAUAGCAAGGUAACAAAUAUACAGAAAUAAGACUGUGUACCAUUCACAGAGUAUGUUAUGGGAAAAAAAAGACCAAUCCUGUUGUCCAGAACAAGGAGAUUUUGCUACCCAACAUCAACUUUUCAUGUGCACUUGCUCAAUAAGCAAAGGGCUAGGCAAGUUGUCUUCUUAGAGUUAUCUAAGAAGUAAACUAAUACCAGUACUCAAUUUUCCUGGGCGUAAGCUAGAAUUCAAGUUUUUCUCUAGACUUGUCACAAGUCGACUGUGUGACGCUUGCGAAGAGAGCGAAAGUGAGUGUCGAAGUCAUAAGAGCAAGACGAGGCAUGUAGUUGCGAGUCAACUUGUUCUGUCUGCAAAGGAUUGAAUUUAAUUAGCAUAAUAUUGGUGUGAAAAAAUGGUUUGUGAUUGUCAAAAGAGAGGCUAGCAGCAGACUGUACCCUGGCUCCAGAGGUGCAUCUCCAAAAUGCGUAUGAAAUAAACCGUGGUCUGUGGCUCCAUCGAAUCGGUCAAAAGGUAAAGACUCUAGUGAUUAAUUUCACAGCAAAUGAAAAGCCCUCAGAUUCAAUGAAACCAGAAUCACUGCUCAACUUAUUCCCUUGGUGAAAUCAACUGAAACGUCCACCCAAACAUUAUCAUAGCCGGAAGUUUCCAGUAUUUAUGUAAGCUUAUGUUUUUGAAGGGUGCAUUGUGAAAUGUCAGGCUUUUCCCUGCAGAAAAAGCCUGUUUCCCGACUGACCACCAAACCAGCAAAAACCUGAAACGGGCUGUGAGAAAGUCUAGUUUUUCUCAAACCCUGUUUAUCUAUGAAUUAUUUAAUUAUCUACAUUCAUUCAUUUAUUCAUGUAAUCGGUUUGUUUAUGCCACAGAAAAGAAUUUGAGAGCCAUAAGAUAAGUCACCUAGUAAGUGUUAGAUGCCGUGAUGUCUGUAAAGAAGGAUUCGGUUUAAAUCAAGUAGCUGAUGCAGGCAAGUUCACCCAAAUGGAUAUAAUUAUCACCAUUAACUUUCUCCUUUUUAAUAACAAAGACACUGGGAACUUUCUUUUGGGUUGUGCUCACUUCGCUAUGCUGAGUGUUUCAGUUACUGUUUGAAGUAACAUGAUAUAUCUCUUGCAGUGUUUCUAGAUUUGCCAGCACCGUGGGAGGCAAUACAAUCCAGUAAAGAGGCACUCAAAGUAAGUUACCGCUAAAUAGCUUGACACAGAAGCAAGUUAAGGCUCUGUUUUCAUAAUUUGGUUCUGCUAAAUUGGCAUGGCUCUAGCCAAGCAUUUUGAGUAGAGAUAACAUAAUCAUGCACACAUGUUUAGCUCCUUACUAAUUGCUGAUUUAUUUGAUAUUAAUUUUAUUUACCAUGAAUGCAAGCAGUCAUAAGGAUUCAAGUUUUUAAAGGAAAUACAAAUACAGGGUUGUCACUAAGGUUUCAAGUUGCCAGGUAAAUACAACAAGCAGGUGGGGAAUCAAACAGCUAGGGAUUUCUUUUGGUUCUGUUUUUUUUUUUUUCCAAUGAAAGUGGCAGGGGGACCACAUUCGUAGUAGCCAGAGGAAAUCCUCUGCCCCUGGCUCUUAAUGGCAGCCCUGUAAUGUAUUGGACCACUGAAAGGACAUGACAUGCUUGAUACAUGGUGAUACUCUGUUAACAAUAAUAUUGUAUUGUUUUAAAACAGGCAGAAGGGGGAAGACUCUGUUCCUUUUCUCCAUGCAUUGAACAAGUACAGAGGACAUGUGAGUCACUGAGAUCAUGCGGAUUUAGAGGUAAUACGUAUAUUAAUAAUUGUUUUUGAAGUUAUGAAUAUAUAAAAAUCGUAUGUGUGAACUGCUGAGUGAAGAAUUAUAUGAAGGAAGAUCAUCGAAGUUAUAUACACAACUUUUGCAGUUGCGAAAAGAAAGCCUUUAAAAAAAGUCAGGCUUGUACGGGAUUCGAACUCUUGAUAACUGGUGCAGCAAGAAAUUAUAUGAUAAACGAAUAACGAACCAAUUUAGCAACCUGCUCCCAGUUGGCCUUUUAGCUUAAUUGGUACAGUGCUGCACCAGUAUUGCAGAGGUCAAGGGUUCGCAUCUUGUAUGAGCCUGAAUUUUUUUUCAGGCUUUCUUUUUGCAACUGCAAAAGUUGCGUAUAUAACUGCGAUGAUCUUCCUUCAUACAAUUUAUUAUUUUUGUUGUUUUGAAGUAUGCAGUUUUUCCAGUUAGGACUAUCAGUUAAGUAGCCAGCAUCAGUCUACACUGAAGUUGAGUAGCCAGUGUCUACAUAACAGAUAAGUCGCUAAGAACUGAUUAGGCUUUGAGUACAGCUGUAUAGUUAUAAACUGAUUUCUCCACCCAUACACAUUAUAUGUAAAUGUUCCUGAUUGGAUUUUAGUGAACUAUGCGAUGUUUUCCUCAUCAUGUCUUUCUGCUUCAGACAUAACAGUGAUGGAGUGCCUGUCUAGAACAUUUGAAGUCAAAACUGUCCCUCUCCAAGUUCCGCACCUGGGUCCAGAUGUAAGCAUAUUUUUUUUUGUGAUAGAUGGAUAUGAAAUACCGUAAGAUUUCGAAAAUAAGCCCCUCCAAAUAUAAGCCCCCAAACUCGUAACGCAAAAAACCCUCCGUUAAAUUGCCCUCCAAAUAUAAGCCCCCCCCGGGGACUUGUACUUGAAAAUUGCCCUCAAAUACAAUGUAAAACAAAGCAAAAACGGUAAAUUUCCUUCCAACUAUAAGGCUUGCCCAGUCGAUUUUGAAACGCAAAUUUCCCUCUGUAGAUAAGCCCCUCUGAAUAUAAGCUCCUCCAAAAAUAAGCCCCUCAAAAAGGGCCUUUGAAAAAUAUAAGCCGUGGGGCUUAUUUUCGGAAUUUUGCGGUAAAUCGUAUCAUGGGAAUGAAAUGAAAUGAAGAAUGAUCCUCGCAGUUGUGAACGCAAUUUAUGCAGUUGCGUAAGAAGUCUGAAAAAAAAUUCAGAACAUUCUUUGAAUUAUUUUCAAAAACAUGUAUAAUGAUAUACCAUGGCUUCGGCAUAAUCUAGGAAUAGUAAUGAUUUUCUCGUUAUUUCACGAAUGAAUGAAGAGCCUAUCAUCUUAGGAUGGACUUAUGUUUAGAGGAAGGGGAUUCCCCCUUUUAAAAGCUAUGUUAAGUGUAUGGCUCUUGGGCCAUUUAAUUUGAAGACAGCAAUUUUUUGCAGAGGUUUGGAAAGGAGAUUUCAAAGUUUCAAGUCCGAAAAUCUUAUGGGUCAAAUGCCCGUUGUUAGAACGUGCAGUGUACUAAAACGACCCUGAAUUUAUGAAUGCAAUGUCAUUAGUUUUAUCACUUAUGAAAAGCAAGGAACAGAAGUUCAACAUUGGCGACUUCUAGAAGCAAGAAUAUAAAAAUAAAUCUAUAUUUAGGUCAAGUUACUAUUAUUUUUUGAAGAAUUCCGACGAACAGGUGCUUUAAACGUUGCAAAGUAUCUGUUGGAGGACCGCCUCUUCCAUUCCUGUUGGAGUUUGCAGGAAGUUGUUGUUUGGAGCAAAUGAAAUUGUCUCGGUUUGGUGACAGUUAUUCGGUACAUCAGGGUAUUGAGCCACAUAUUUGGGAUACAAAAGUCACUGCUUACUGCGCAAGGAAAUGUAGAAAUAAAAAUAAAAUAGACGCUGGAUACUCAGAAUGCCUCCGGAUUCUCCCAUGUGGCCUGACCAAUGCACCCACUAAGUUCUGAAGGACAACUAAGUAAGCAAGAUGUAUGACAGUAAAAGACACAAGUGUACAUGUAUUACGUUGUCCAAGUGGCACCUUGUGGCACCUUUGUAUAAGCUGGGGUGCAUUCCGUCUUCCUUGAUUUCGUUGCGGCAAGCCCGGGACUCCAGCACGCCUCACAGGUGGGGUGUAAAAUGCUGAUGAAACGAAACUAAAUUUUUUUCAGGACUGUCAAUUAUUUCAAGGAGACGCCAUAAACUCAUCGUCUCGGAAGAGAAAACUUGAUCUGGAAAAUAACAAGCCUGACGCUGUAACACAGAAGGUAUCACUUUGUGUUGAGAAUCUUAGUUUCCAGGUUUCUUUUGUUGGAUGGAACCGAAUUCUCAUCUAGUCCUUUAAAUCGUUAGUGAAGUGUUUAGUUUGUUUAGUAUAAAAAUGAACUAAACAAAUGUCCGUUCUGUUAGAAAAAAAAGAAAAAACAGAGAUAACCACUGGCUUUUUCAGAUUUGAAUUUCUGAGAGUCGUGUACAGGUAUGUCAAGAAUUGGCAUGGCCAGAUACCUGUGCAUCGAACCUGCAAUCAGGAGGGUCUGGGUUCAAGUCACCCUCAGAUUUUCUCAGCAGAGGUAUCCCAUCUCCUGAGCCAGUUGAAAUUUUUACCCUCGUUUGCUUUAAUUGUACUAUUUACUUUACAUCCUUGCUUGAUUUCAUCGACCUUGUUGCUCUUACAUUCCGUAUGGAAAACAAAUGUUAUUCAUUCAACUAGUAAAAAUUUUGAUUUGGUUUUUGCUUCUUAUUUCUAUUUUUGUUAGAAUUCUUCAAGCUUCCAAGAUGAUCCAACAAAUACAGGUGAUAUAAUAAUGGCUUCAAGAUCGGAUCACGACUCCUCUGGAGAGAAAGUGCUCGUAGAAAAUGAGAAAAUGAACUUACCCAAAUCUGGCAAGAUUUGCGAAGAGGAAGCCUCGCCCAGUUCUCGUAAGAAAUUCACGGAUACUGAUCCUGCGACUGGACUGGUACGCAAUGUAAGGGCGGUCAUAUCACAGAAAGCCAACAAAACAAAUAUUCUGACUGGCAGGCCGCUGAAAGAUAUGACAGGACACACGGGAUAUUUGACGUUCGCGACACUUUAUGCACAAUGCGUAAAUGCCGAUCACAAAUCGGAGGAACAAGAAAAUCAAUAA